GUUUAAAGUUAAAGCAGAUGAAAAUAUGGAUGCCUUCUGCUUGCUUACAAUAUUGGUUAACAAGAAAUCACUUGAUCUCACGUGGGUGUUUGAGUUUAAACUUAACAAUGAAAAUAGACUUAUAU